CGUGCCAGUCCCUCGCGGUCCCCAAGUCCCACGAUUGUUGGUCGAUCCGAUGGUUAAGAUGGCGGUCAGUGUUGUUGUGGUUGUUGCAGCCGCUUUUCUACUCAAUAUUAUACCAGGAGAUGUUGCGACCACUACAUUGAUGCUUUCAAGUCGUGGUUCCUAUAGCCAACCCCCAAAUGGAACAUGGAGCGGUAAACUCCAAUUGGACACGGCACUUGUCAAUAUCAUUUAUGAGUCAGAUCGACUGUUUGAUGUGUUUGGAGUAUCUAAAAACUGCUACAAGUGUCAACCACAGCUUCUACGCCAUAGAGUGGUACGCGAAACCUUUGUCAUUCUUGACACCUCACAUGCAUUCACUUUAGUUGUAAGAUGGACUUCUGGAGGGAAAAUUAUAUGCAAUAAAACCUUCCCAUUUGUUGAGUAUGGGAAAUACAAUCUUACCAUUAGAAAGUUCAUGAAGCCCUAUUGUGGUGUCAUUGCACUUGACAAAAAAAUAUCCAGAAAUACCUAUCAACCUAUUCUUAUAGCUUUCGGAGUACUUGCUGCCAUAGCACUGUCCUGGAUUCUUUUCACUGAAUUCUGCAGGAGAAAACAUUUGGGUGCCAGAUGGGGUCUGUUCAAGGACAGUGAAAGCUUGAUUAAUGCUGACCUGGGGUCUCCCAAUCACAUGGAUCGCAGGUCAUCAUCAACUGCAGAUGUAGAGCAAAAGGAAGUUAAAUCAGUCAAGGCAAAAAGGCUGAAAUCGUUGGAUACAUUUAGAGGGAUUUCUUUAACAGUCAUGAUCUUUGUGAACUUUGGUGGUGGAGGAUACUAUUUCUUUGCACACUCCAUUUGGAACGGCUUGACGGUGGCUGAUCUUGUGUUCCCCUGGUUCAUGUGGAUUAUGGGCGUCUCCAUGGUGUUGUCAUUCCGUGUGCUACGUCGCAAGCAAAUCAGCACGUAUAGGAUAAUCAUCAAAAUCACCAAGAGGACCCUGUUACUCUUUGCCCUCGGUCUCUUUACUAGCAACAUGGGAGACCUGACCAAUUAUCGUAUCCCUGGCGUUCUGCAAAGAUUCGCUGCAUGUUACUUCGUGGUAGCAGUUAUACAGGUUCUUGCAGGGCCCAGCGUUGAGGACUCUCAGCCACGUGGGUCAUGGUGGGAUGGUAUCCGUGAUGUGGUAUCCCUGUGGGCGCAGUGGCUAUUGAUGUUUGCCUUUCUGAUCAUCUACGUGGUGGUGACGUAUGCGACGGAACUGCAUGGCUGUCCUCGGGGAUAUACGGGACCUGGGGGAAUCAGUGAUAAUUCGUCAGCGUUCAACUGUACUGGUGGCAUGGCGAGUCACGUGGACUCCUGGUUACUAGGGAAACACGUUUACCAGAGGGGAACCUUUAAGGACAUGUACCGUACGACUGUGGCGCACGACCCCGAGGGAGUUAUGGGAACGCUUACCUCCAUAUUCAUUGUCUUCCUCGGUGUCCAGGCGGGACAUACUCUGUUCACGUUCUCUCAUCAUCGGCAACGCCUCGUGCGCUGGUUUGUAUGGGCUGUUCUAUUGGGCGUCAUAGCGAUAGGCCUGUCUGGAGGAACACAAAACGAUGGCGUUAUACCUAUCAACAAAAAUUUAUGGUCGAUCUCGUUUGUCCUGGCGACAGGCUCUAUGGCGUUUCUCCUUCUUUCAUUCUGUUACGUCACUAUUGAGGUUUGGGAGCUGUGGAACGGAGCGCCUUUCAUCUAUCCUGGUAUGAAUUCAAUCCUAGUCUACUGCGGCCAUGAGUGGCUGGGCAAGCAUUUCCCAUUCAGCUGGGACCUGGAUCCGUACUACACGCACGCUGACAAGUUAUUCAUGAACAUCGUUGGCACAUCCUGCUGGGUAGCUAUCGCCUAUUAUCUCUACUGGAUCGAGUUUUUUCUCAAGAUAUAAUAUUUAGAUUAGCCAGGUUUAAAGAAUAUGUCUCGGGGAAUGUAAAAUUGUUAUAAGAUAGUAAAGAUUGGGAAUAUAUCAAUUGAACUGAAUUGUCAGUUUGUGCAAAAUAACUUCGUGUUCCACUGUACCCUUCAAAUCCAGAUAUUUCCCGACAUUUUAUUUUCGUGACGUCAAAAUUUCGCGACUUUCAAAAGCCGAUAUUUCACGACACUUUUUUCGCGAUUUCAUUAAUUUUGUACAAACCAGGUCAAUUUAUUUUUAAGAUUUUUUGAUUUGGCACAAUAAAUUAAGCAAAAAAUAAUCAUCAAAACAAAAAAAUAAUUGUCUACUUUUUUAAUAUGUGAAAGCCAACUAAGACAGACAAGGGUCCCUUUGAUUUUCAUUAUGUCUUCUCAGAAAACCGUUAUGUUUAUGCUUCUUAGGAGAAGAGAGAUUGGCUCAAUAGCGAGUGGAAGCCUACAUUUCCAAUUUUGGGGUAUUGUGGGGAUGGGAUGAGAGACGGGAAAAAUUUUGACAGCAUAUGAAAGUAGAUGUUUAUAGGAGGGAUAGGGAGAGCGGGUUCUCCACCGAUAUAGUGCGAUCAGGUCAUUCAAGGACUUAAAAAUUCACAACAUUUCUGGUUUCUUUUUAUCUCGCCUUUCCCUAUAUUUCAAUGCGCGAAUACCUCUAUUUCCGAGCUGAAAGAGCCCUUGUCAGCCAAACCUUUGUUAUUUUGAGAACACCUCUCGAAAUGACCACCGUUAAAUGUAAAGCUCCUCUAAAUCAGCCGAAGGAAAUGGACGAUUUUUCUUAGCAAGGAUAAAAAAAAUAGCAGCUGACAAAGGCUUAUUAAGCGUAGUGCGAACAGGGCAGACAUUACCAUUGCUGACCAAGCCUCGCUGGGUUGACAA